AUGAUGAUGCGCAGGAGAGCCAGUGGAAGUCCUGAAGCUGACCGAUCAGGCGAAGAAAGGCCAGAAGAGGAGAUGCUUGGGCCAACUGGGAGACCUGUGAGUUAUGGACCUCAAAACCCUCAAAUGUUGGAACUUGAAGAUGAAAAGAAAGAUGUAGAGAAUGAAGAACCCAAAAAAAAGCUAGAGCCGCUGUUCACCGAAGAACAAGUGAGGCAGUUUGAAGAACUGCACAACAGAGCACCUCUGUUGUAUGGAAGUCCACAGAGGACGCAGCUAGGAAUAGAGGAUGAAGCCAGGUCUUCAGGUUUAGCUUUGGAAGAUGUGCAGUUGGAAAGACCGAAGUUUCUACCUGCAGAAAGACCUGCAGCGAUGCCUGCUGGUACGCCCUCAGUGAUUUAUCAGCAGCAGAUGAUGCAGUACUUCUUCAUGUUGCAGCAAGAGAACAUGCAGCUGAAGAUGGAACAGGAGUUGCUGAAAGAAAAGCUGAGGGAGAAGGAAGAAAGAAAGACCUCUGAGGUAGAGGUGCCAAAUGGCGAAGGAGGAAGAAAGGCUAAGCCUGAAGUGGAAGGGUUUCAGACUCCUGAAAGCCAACAGCAAGGAAGCCGUGCAGCUGAAGACCGGGUUGUGAAGACAGAGAAUGACUUGGAAUCCGAGAGGAGAAGGCUGUACGAGUUGACACCGAUGGAGCAAUAUGAUGAAUUGCAAAAGGUGAUGGAUGCUGCGGUGGGUUCAGUGAAGAAGCCACCUCCUGGACGAGACCUUCGAGGACCUUGGGAAUCUCAUCAACCUUCAGAAGGAGCACGACAGAAAGAAAGAGAUGUUCCAAAGAAGGAAGCAGGUGAGAAAGGGACCGGAGGAGAUGCCAGGAAGAACCAAGGAAAUGCGUUGGAGCCAGCUGAUGAUGGAAGAAUGCAAAGGCAGGUUGAUGUCCUGUCUAAGAUGAUGUUGCACCUUCUGGAAAGUCAGCAAGGUAAAGAUGAUGGAGAAAAGAUGGAAGCGGUCAAACCUGGAGUGAACAAGUUGCAGACCCUCCAGGAGCCGACCGAAACGGCCCCCAUUGACUAUGCCGACUGGUUGACCAUGAUAGAGCCGGUGAUGACGGAUCUGUCAGACAGUUCGCAUGUUUGGUGGCGACUUGUGCUGGAUGAAUGCAGCGCAUGGUACUCUGAGUAUGUGAAGCUCCGACCACUUCAAAGAACAAGCUUUGAGAUCGAGGCCUCUGAAGAACUGAAGAAGACGAAGUGGGUUCGAGUGGAACGCCGAGCUGUUUCCAUGCUCAUGGAUGCCAUACCCACUGGAGUGAGAGAAGAGCUUGUUGCUACCAAGUCACUUUCUCCAGUGAAGGUGAUUGCCAAGUUGAUGACCAUCUACCAGCCUGGUGGACUACAUGAACGAACUGUGAUUCUGCGUCAGUUGGAGGAUCCUGGCGAAGCAGGAAACGCAGUGACUGGAGUCCAAAGUCUUCGGAAGUGGUUGCGAUGGUUGAGAAGAGCUCAGGAUGUCGGGUUAUGCUUACCCGAUUCCACUAUACUUUUGCGUGGUCUGACAAAGUUGAUGAAGAAGCUGCUGAACAACAACCCAGAACUAGCUUUCAGAACCUCACUUGUCAGAAACACACUCCAAUUGGAUACAAUUCCAAACCAUCAAACUGUGAGGACGUACUCUGAACACCUACUGUCGGAACUGGAGCAACUGGUCCACUUGGAGAAAAGGUCAAAGGUGGCUAAUGCAGAAAGAGCGACAGCUACAACCAGCCAGGUGAAGCAGUUGAACGCCGCAAGCAGUGGGAGCACAGAGGACAAGAAUGUGAAAAAGAAUGUGAAGGAAUGCAAGUUCUUUCAUCAGGAGGAUGGUUGCAGACGUGGUGCAGCUUGCACUUGGGGACACAAUGUAGAGCCAGGGGAGAAAAGGUGCUAUGUGUGCGGAUCCACCAAGCAUUUUGCGAGGGAGUGUCCACGCAAGGACAUUCAAAAAGACCCAAAGGUGCAGAAAGUGGAAAAGGAGGCUGAGGCCCCCAACAAAACCGCCAAUAAGAGCCCUGCCCCUGCUGAGGCCCCAGCAGUGGCAACAAAGGAGGCUGAGACCACCAAAGGAGAAGUUGCUAGUGUUGGAGGAGACUCUCUGCGAAGCGUCAUGGAAGAAGCUUCGAAGAUGCUGAAGAGCAUGGGAGUUGAAGAAAAGCCUACAAAGACCAGGGAAGAAAUGACCAAAGGACGGAUGCUGGAGCUACAGAAGGAGUUGCAACAGAUUCAGGACGGAUCGUGGAAGCCUAGAAUCAAUAUGAUGAAGACUGCCAUGGUUGCCCGAGUCAAGUUCGGCAAGAAAGCGUUGCUGGAUACUGGAGCCACUCACGCUCUGAGGUCCAAGAGGAGUGAUGAGAACCUGGUUGAGGGCAAAGAGUACAAGAAAGUGAGAGUGAACCUUGCAGCUGGAGGUUCAAAGACAAUGUGGAUGACGGAUGGAGGAACCCUGGUACAUGAAGAACCAGGGAUGGAACCGAUACUACCAGUUGGUCGUCUAGUACGAGAACUGGGAUGCAGCUUUGAGUGGAAAGAUGAUGAAUGCUUUCUUUUCCACCCCAUCAGGGGACAGAUAGCAGUGGAGGUCGAAGAAGGAUGUCCACAGAUCACCCAGGCAGAAGCGGAAAAGAUGGUGGAUGAACUUGAAGGAGCCAUGAUGAUGCGCAGGAGAGCCAGUGGAAGUCCUGAAGCUGACCGAUCAGGCGAAGAAAGGCCAGAAGAGGAGAUACUUGGGCCAACUGGGAGACCUGUGAGUUAUGGACCUCAAAACCCUCAAAUGUUGGAACUUGAAGAUGAAAAGAAAGAUGUAGAGAAUGAAGAACCCAAAAAAGAGCUAGAGCCGCUGUUCACCGAAGAACAAGUGAGGCAGUUUGAAGAACUGCACAACAGAGCACCUCUGUUGUAUGGAAGUCCACAGAGGACGCAGCUAGGAAUAGAGGAUGAAGCCAGGUCUUCAGGUUUAGCUUUGGAAAAUGUGCAGUUGGAAAGACCGAAGUUUUUACCUGCAGAAAGACCUGCAGCGAUGCCUGCUGGUACGCCCUCAGUGAUUUAUCAGCAGCAGAUGAUGCAGUACUUCUUCAUGUUGCAGCAAGAGAACAUGCAGCUGAAGAUGGAACAGGAGUUGCUGAAAGAAAAGCUGAGGGAGAAGGAAGAAAGAAAGACCUCUGAGGUAGAGGUGCCAAAUGGCGAAGGAGGAAGAAAGGCUAAGCCUGAAGUGGAAGGGUUUCAGACUCCUGAAAGCCAACAGCAAGGAAGCCGUGCAGCUGAAGACCGGGUUGUGAAGACAGAGAAUGACCUGGAAUCCGAGAGGAGAAGGCUGUACGAGUUGACACCGAUGGAGCAAUAUGAUGAAUUGCAAAAGGUGAUGGAUGCUGCGGUGGGUUCAGUGAAGAAGCCACCUCCUGGACGAGACCUUCGAGGACCUUGGGAAUCUCAUCAACUUUCAGAAGGAGCACGACAGAAAGAAAGAGAUGUUCCAAAGAAGGAAGCAGGUGAGAAAGGGACCGGAGGAGAUGCCAGGAAGAACCAAGGAAAUGCGUUGGAGCCAGCUGAUGAUGGAAGAAUGCAAAGGCAGGUUGAUGUCCUGUCUAAGAUGAUGUUGCACCUUCUGGAAAGUCAGCAAUGUAAAGAUGAUGGAGAAAAGAUGGAAGCGGUCAAACCUGGAGUGAACAAGUUACAGACCCUCCAGGAGCCGACCGAAACGGCCCCCAUUGACUAUGCCGACUGGUUGACCAUGAUAGAGCCGGUGAUGACGGAUCUGUCAGACAGUUCGCAUGUUUGGUGGCGACUUGUGCUGGAUGAAUGCAGCGCAUGGUACUCUGAGUAUGUGAAGCUCCGACCACUUCAAAGAACAAGCUUUGAGAUCGAGGCCUCUGAAGAACUGAAGAAGACGAAGUGGGUUCGAGUGGAACGCCGAGCUGUUUCCAUGCUCAUGGAUGCCAUACCCACUGGAGUGAGAGAAGAGCUUGUUGCUACCAAGUCACUUUCUCCAGUGAAGGUGAUUGCCAAGUUGAUGACCAUCUACCAGCCUGGUGGACUACAUGAACGAACUGUGAUUCUGCGUCAGUUGGAGGAUCCUGGCGAAGCAGGAAACGCAGUGACUGGAGUCCAAAGUCUUCGGAAGUGGUUGCGAUGGUUGAGAAGAGCUCAGGAUGUCGGGUUAUGCUUACCCGAUUCCACUAUACUUUUGCGUGGUCUGACAAAGUUGAUGAAGAAGACGUACUCUGAACACCUACUGUCGGAACUGGAGCAACUGGUCCACUUGGAGAAAAGGUCAAAGGUGGCUAAUGCAGAAAGAGCGACAGCUACAACCAGCCAGGUGAAGCAGUUGAACGCCGCAAGCAGUGGGAGCACAGAGGACAAGAAUGUGAAAAAGAAUGUGAAGGAAUGCAAGUUCUUUCAUCAGGAGGAUGGUUGCAGACGUGGUGCAGCUUGCACUUGGGGACACAAUGUAGAGCCAGGGGAGAAAAGGUGCUAUGUGUGCGGAUCCACCAAGCAUUUUGCGAGGGAGUGUCCACGCAAGGACAUUCAAAAAGACCCAAAGGUGCAGAAAGUGGAAAAGGAGGCUGAGGCCCCCAACAAAACCGCCAAUAAGAGCCCUGCCCCUGCUGAGGCCCCAGCAGUGGCAACAAAGGAGGUUGAGACCACCAAAGAAGAAGUUGCUAGUGUUGGAGGAGACUCUCUGCGAAGCGUCAUGGAAGAAGCUUCGAAGAUGCUGAAGAGCAUGGGAGUUGAAGAAAAGCCUACAAAGACCAGGGAAGAAAUGACCAAAGGACGGAUGCUGGAGCUACAGAAGGAGUUGCAACAGAUUCAGGACGGAUCGUGGAAGCCUAGAAUCAAUAUGAUGAAGACUGCCAUGGUUGCACGAGUCAAGUUCGGCAAGAAAGCGUUGCUGGAUACUGGAGCCACUCACGCUCUGAGGUCCAAGAGGAGUGAUGAGAACCUGGUUGAGGGCAAAGAGUACAAGAAAGUGAGAGUGAACCUUGCAGCUGGAGGUUCAAAGACAAUGUGGAUGACGGAUGGAGGAACCCUGGUACAUGAAGAACCAGGGAUGGAACCGAUACUACCAGUUGGUCGUCUAGUACGAGAACUGGGAUGCAGCUUUGAGUGGAAAGAUGAUGAAUGCUUUCUUUUCCACCCCACCAGGGGACAGAUAGCAGUGGAGGUCGAAGAAGGAUGUCCACAGAUCACCCAGGCAGAAGCGGAAAAGAUGGUGGAUGAACUUGAAGGAAUGAUGUCGCUUCGAAGCAUGAAAAAAGUGGCAUAUGAUGAUGCAUGUUGGGGCGCAGAAUGGAUGGCUGAGUUGGUAGAGAAACAUCCAGUACUGGCCUCAAUACCCUCACUUGUCAAGGACAACCUAGUGGAAGUGCCGGCCGAAGACCUUUCGCUUUUGAAGGCCAACAGAAGAACCAGGAGACGAUGGAUUGAACAAGGGGUCACUGUACAUUUGUACGCCGGGCCAGAAGAAGGCCUGACUCUGAAGAGAGCCUACUUGGAGAAGGGAGGUGAUGGCAAGAGGUUGAUCGAAAUAGACGUGAAGAGAGGAGCACAUCAUGACAUGUUGAGAAUUGGAGGGAUGUACAGUACCCUCCUCAAGCUGGCAAUGCUAGGAGCCAUUGAUGCAGUGGUUGGUGGCCCAAAUUGCCGCACACGUUCAGUGCUGCGACACACACCAAGAGAAGGCUUCCCAGGACCAUCGAGGACGGCGGGAUACCCUUGGGGACUUCCAGAUGCUCCCCCUGAUGAACAAGGAAAGUUGUUGCAGGACGAUGCAUUGAUGCUGAGGAUGCUGACCCUGUACAUGGUUGCACAGAUAGCGAGAGAUGCAAUGGUGAAAGAAAGAAGCAAGAGGUGUUUGAAGGCCAAGGUUGGAUUUCUGUUGGAGCAGCCAGCAGCACCGGAGUGGUGUCCAGAAUGCGCUUCGUGGUGGAGAAAUCGAACAUGGUUGCUGUUCAAGCACUACUACCAGAUGGAAGAAGUGACGUUUUACCAAGGAGAUUUUGGAGGUGAAGCGAGAAAGUGGGCUCCUGGGAUGAUGCAUGAAGUUGCAAGGCUUUUGAUAGAGGAAGUAGAAGGAAAAGAAGUUCGACUGAAGAAGUUGUCGUGGACUGCCCACGUUGACAAUGGACAUGUGCCGUUUCGGCGCGAUUGCGUGGUUUGCCAGAGGUCAGCAGCGAGACAAAGGCCGCAUAGAAGACAUGAUGAUCCAGAAGCGCAUUGUUUAGCUGUUGACAUUUGUGGCCCAUUGAAGUGGGGUCAGGACGUGGAUGGUGAAGAGAAGAAAUACCUUUUGGUCGGCUCCUACACGUGGCCAGUGGAAGGUAAGGACUCUGAAGAAAGCUUGGGGAUGUUGGAUGAGGAGACUGCUGAAGAUGAUGAAAUGCUUCCGGUUUUGGAAGAUGAAGAGGCAGAGCAAAGGGAGGCGUCAGCGUCUUCUUCCUCGCCACCCAAGAAGGAGGCUCAAGCAGAGGGUUUACCUUCAAGACCAGCAUCGAAAAGGAAAGGGGAGGAAGAGAAGCCUCCUGAGGAUGCAGAAAGUGCUGAGGAGAAGACUGAAGAAGGGAAGCUGGAAGAAAAUUUGAAGACAAAAGGAAUGCUGAAGCUGAUGACAUGUGUGCCAUUAGCCUCAAAGCAUGCGCUGGAUGUUUUGUCAGGAGUCCAAGAAUUGGUGGUGAAGCUCAGAAGGUAUGGCUACCCAGUCGUACGCCUGCACACGGACUAUGAAACAACCUUUGUCAACAAGCACUUGAAGGGAUGGUGCUUGAACCGAGGAAUUGUGAGGACAUCGUCCACCCCAGAAGAACACCAACAAAAUGGAAGAGCAGAAGCUGCAAUAGCUUCUAUCAAGGGAAGGGUGCGACGUCUCUUGCACUCCUUUGGCAUGGAGACGAAGUGGUGGCCGAUUGCAGCACGACAUGUGGUAGAGCUGGAGAGAAGAAGGUUUGAAAGGAUUGAGGACAAACUGCCAAGGUUUGGACAGAAGAUAGUGACAAGAAAGCGGAAAUGGAAAAGAGGAGAUGAGUUUGAAACGACAGCACAGGAAGUCACUUACCUGACUCCAAUCCCAGAAGUUUCAAAAGGACAUGCGGUUAUGGAAGAAGAUGGAAGUUUCAAGGUGGUGAGCUGCCUGAUCCAGGACUGCAAAGAGCCGCAGGAAGAAGAAAAGAAGUUGGAGUUAGAAGAAGUGAUUCAAGAAAGGGACCCUAUGGAAGCGCGAAGAAGACUGAGGAAAAAGAUGUCAAAGAAGAAUUUUGCAGAAAGUAUCAAGCUGUUCCAGGCAGUUUUGGAGCAGGAUGAAGCGAUGUACAAUGAAGACGAAGAGGUCAUUCCGGCAGUGAUGAAAGGGAUGAUUGCCAUCAGAAAGGAAAUGGCGGCACUGCAAGAAGGCCGACUUGAAGAAGAAGUGCUACAGACCAGGGUAGUUUCCAACCAGGAAGUGUAUCAAAACAAAGAUGAGUGGGUUGGAGCUAUCAGAAAGGAGAUUAACAAUUUGGUGCAGAAAGGAGCAGUCAAGAGGCUGACCAAAGAGGAAGCUGCGUACUACAAGAGAGAGCAUGCAGACAAGUUGGAGGUGGUGCCAGGAAAAGCAGUACACACGAUAAAAGCACCAGAUGGUAAGAAGAAAUGCCGCCUGGUGGUGUGUGGGAAUCACCUUCAAGGAGGAGACAAAAAAGAAACCAAGGAGGAACAUGCCAACUACUAUGCAGGAGGGGCAGACACAAUCUGCCUGCGACUUGCACUGUCCAUGGCAGCACGCUAUGGGUGGGACAUUGCAGGUUUAGAUGUGGUUGCAGCGUUUUUGAACGCGCAGCUGGGGGACGUGCAUGAGAAACCACAACCAAGAGAAGACCCAACAAGAGACAGAGGCCGCAUUGUGUUGAUGCAACCACCGCGGGUUCUGGAAAGACUAGGUCUGAUCGAAGUUGGAGAGCUUUGGCUAGUGGAACGUGCCCUCUAUGGACUGAGAGAGUCGCCUCGCCUGUGGAGUGAUCACAGGGAUGGAACCCUACAUGGCAUGGAAAUACAACAAGGAGGCAGGACGUUGAAGUUGCUGCCGAGUUUUGCAGAAGAAAACCUUUGGCUGAUCAAGGAUACCAGCCUUAGAGAUGAAGGUGGAGUGCAAGGAUUGGUUUUGAUUUACGUGGACGACAUGUUGGUCAUGUCGAACCCGGAGAUCACCAACAUGGUGGUGGAAAAGAUACAGAAGACAUGGGAAGUGACCAAACCUCAAUGGGUCACUGAAACAGAGCCAGUUCGGUUCUGCGGGAUCGAGAUCUACAAGAACAACGAAGGGGAUUACUUUGCGGGACAGCAGUCCUUUGUGAAAGAAGUGCUGAAGCGCCACAACUGCAAGGAGUUUGCGGCAUCCCCUUUGAAAGACAACUUCGAGCCGGAGGAGGAGCUAGAUAGGACAAGAGAGGAGAUCCAACUGGCCCAAAAACUGGCCGGAGAACUGCUGUGGUUGGCCGGAAAGACCCGACCCGACCUAACCUAG